UUAGGCUUGAAGAACCAAUCCAAAGCUCUUCAAUCCCCUCUUCUCUCUAGCCGGAACCCUAGAUCGGAGCGAAUCAUGAUCGGAGAUACUCUCAACUCACACAAGCUAACUCUCAAAUUCCUCUGCAGCUACGGCGGUCGCAUCAUCCCCCGCUAUCCCGACGGCAAGCUCCGCUACCACGGCGGCGACACCCGCGUACUCUCCGUCGACCGCUCCAUUUCAUUUUCCGAGCUGAUGGUGAAAAUGAGGGAAUUGUGUGGGCAUACCGUGAAUCUGAGAUGCCAAUUGCCGACGGAGGAUCUGGAUGCGCUAGUGUCGAUCACCUCCGAUGAGGAUCUCGCUAACCUACUUGAAGAAUACGACCGUGUUGCUGCGUCGUCGCCGUUGGCGUCUCCUAAAAUUAGGGCAUUCCUCUCGGUCCCCAAAUCUACGAAAAAAUCAUCAUCCCCUUCCUCCUCCUCGGCCUCCUCGAGCAGUAACGGCUCCACGUCGCCAAAAUCACCGUUCUACUCCUCAUUACCGCCUCGUUAUACGUCCUCCGGCGGCGGAAGGUGCGUCCGGCAUGCUUCGAGGCCUCCUGUGUAUCCUAUUAUCGGUGAGAAAGCCGCCGGAAAACUUCCUCAUAACUAUGUCUAUCAGUAUCACGGUCAUAGCCAUGGAAAUGGUGGCCAGGUGUAUGUCAUCCAAAAUGGCAGCCCCUGGCAAUAGCAGAAAAGCUCUGGUGAAAGUGGAGACCCCAUUAAUCCAUCCAAAAAUGGAAAAGAACCUAAAUUUGAAGUUUAAGAUAAAAGGAGGUUUAUGAUGUGUAAGAUGCGUAUGGGACUGUGUAUAUGAUUAAGAAGGGGAUCCAUUUUUCCAUUGAUCCAUCCAUAUGUGCGUGCUCGAUAUUAAUGAAACGUUUUGAGUCCAUUCUCGUUUUAUCCAGCAAAUGUGAUGGUGAGGUCUUUUUCUUUCUUUGUGGGUAAAUUUUUCCCAUUUUGCGUUUUACCCGAAACCACAUAUAAUAGCCAAAAAAGUAGCGUGUAAAAAUCAGUUUCUUUGUGUUCUGUGUGUUUCGUGGUAGUUCUUUUUAGGCUUUCUUUCUUCCCAAUUGGAAUUUCCAUUUAUGCAUUACGAUUGUUGGUUUUC